UAUAUAGAGAGAGAGAAAGACUUGCAUGCACAUUCAGGUUAUACCAUGGACCCGUAUAACUACCCGAUGAACCUUGAGUAUUCAGAUUUCUUCGAGUUCAAUGACUGGAAGGAUGACGAUCUACCACUUAUGAUAUCUGGUUAUCCCGAAAGCCAAAAUUAUGCAGCAAACGAAAUGGUUAACUCCGGGGGAAGUAACAGCUACCAUGAGGAUCCCAACACCACAUCAGAAGAUAGUAGGAGGGGCAGGGAGAAUAAAAAAACCACAGAGAAGGUUGCUUUUAAAACCAAGUCAGAAAUUGAUAUACUUGAUGAUGGCUUCAAGUGGAGGAAGUAUGGAAAAAAGAUGGUGAAAAAUAGCCCAAAUCCAAGGAAUUAUUACAAGUGCUCAGUUGAAGGAUGUCCAGUGAAAAAGAGAGUUGAAAGAGACACGAUGGACCCAAGUUAUGUAGUAACAACUUACGAAGGCAUUCACAACCACCAUGGUCCUUCUCAGCUCUAAUGCAGGGUUAAAAUUACCAUUAUGAUUUAAUGAGUCCAAUUUAGAUUUCCAAAUCUUUUGUAGUUGCUAGAGUCAUAUUAAUAUAGUUGUUUGCUCUCACCCCUUUGACUAACUUUUGAAU